AAAGGCUGGCGUUUCCGGUGGCGGCGGUCGGUCGGGCGGGCUCAGGGUGACCCCACUGUGUGUCCGUGAGCGGCCAUGGGCUCUCACCUGGUGCGGCGGUACGUGACCGAGCGCGAGACCGAGCCCGACCCCAACAACCUGCCCACCUUCGACCCGCAUCUCGGCUUCCCCGAGAGGAAAGAGCGCGUGAUGGUGGCCUCCCAGCAGGAAAUGGACGAUGCAAGGAUUCCACUGGAGCAGCGGGAUUACUGUGCCCACCACCUCAUCAUGUUGCUCAAGUGCAAACGGGACAACUGGCCCAACUUCCUCGCCUGUAGCCACGAGAAUCACGAGUGGGAUUCCUGCCAGCACCAGGAUUACGUGAUGCGAAUGAAGGAGUACGAGCGGGAAAGGCGUUUGCUGAUGAGGAAGAAGAAACUGGAGGGGAUGGAGGCAGCGUAGUGGAAAUCCUGCCCCCGGUGACAGCUGUCCGAGAUCCCUGAUAAACCAGCGUCGCGGAGCAGUCUGUUUGCAUGACGUCUUGGUGAAGUGUCUGAACUGAAAUUCUUGUAUAUAAUUGUAACUGUGAUAAAUAAAGAUCCCUCUACGAG